CCUCCACUCACAGAGGCACGGCGUGUACUGCAUUGCAACUGUCCAGUCAAUGACUUGGUACCACAAGUAGUUGAAUUUCUUGAGUUUUCACGAGAACGUCCCUGGCUUCAUCGAUGGCGAGCCGAGUUGAAGAUUGAUUGGCGCAGUCUGACACACCAUGUACCCUACGUCUAGCCGAGGAGGAGGAAUAGAGGGAGGUCGCCGCUUUAUUGAGAGACAGCUAACAGUAUAGGUAGAAGGAUAGUUGAAGCACAGGGCGCCGCUGUUUUUACAGGGAGACGAAACACCCGCUAUGCAUUAACCAAGGCCACCCCCCUUCAGUUACUUCCUCCCAAUCACUCAUCCGACGGCUCCAUCUUCACAACCGCACAUAUCUGUCUCACAGAGGGGAUCAGUAUGGGUGAGUCUCGAUAUCUUUUCGUGGUCAAAGAUCCCCAAUCCCAGUCAUUCUCAAGAAGCGAUGAUCAGGAGAGGCGGUUGAUCCACCGUCAUGCCCAGAUCGAAAGCAUGCAUCGACGACGGUUGUCGCCUCAUGCCCAAAUCCACAAGAGCGAGCAACUACCAUUCAUUCAAGUCAAUCCGGGUAUCAAAACUGGCACCAGCAAUAGACGUGAGGUCCAUAGCAUCCCUCGUGUGCCGGCAGACGAGUUGCGCAUCAUUGACCCUUUUGCAACGACCGUUGUCAAUGUGGACCGGAAAGCUCAUGGUCUCCUUCAGUAUUUCAUCCAUGUCUCCCACCCUAGGACGUGGCACUCCGAAGUGCGGGACGACCAUUCCUAUACCUUUCAGAAUGACGUCCUCCCUCUGGUCAAGGGAUGUCUAGAGAACGAGGUGCAUUAUUACACAUUGCUGGCCUCCAUGGCCAGUCAAAUGCAAUACUUUGAGCUGAUGAACCGCGACGACGAAACCACGAGUCAAAUGGCAACAAAAGCCAUCGCCGCUAUUCGCCGGUAUCUCAGGUCGUCGCCUCCUAUUGACCAGAGGCUUAUUUUCGACAUACAUCAAAUGGCCGUCACAGACUUCUACCGAUACGAACUUCAGUCGGCUCUCGUUCAUCUCAAGGCAGCCAGAAGCCUUCUGUUGCAUAUCGGAGGCAUUGAGCGAAUCGACCCUUCACUACGGGAAUGGAUUGUGAUCGGGGACGGCUAUUUGGCAGCAGAACUACUCCAGAAGCCACUGUUUCCUGCUUCGUGUUUCGACCCUGGCCACCUGGACCUGGAACAUGGCGACGUUAUUGGUAGCCAUACUGAUAUUACCACGAAAUGGUUUCAAGAGCCGAAGUAUAUUGAGAUUCUGCCACCCCAGAUGCACCAGGUGCUUCUGGAUUUGGCUGCGACUGUCGACACCAUGCAACGGCAGUCUGAAUCAGAGGCCUCGGAUCGAAAUGCCCCUGCUGGAUCUAAAGCUUCCCUUCACUGGCUCCUUCUGCGAACAAGCGCACUCAGGCACCGACUUUUGGAACUCGAAAUUGACGAUGGCAAAACGGACGCCAUCAGGAUCGUCUUGAUCAUAUGGCUAUUCAUGGUAAUGACCGUGACUGGUCGCAGGCGAACAUGCAAAGUCCUCGCGUCCAAAUUGAAGCGUCGACUCGAAGGCAUUGAACAGGGGGACUGGAACAGAUAUGGAGAUGUCCACCUGUGGGUGCUUCUCGUUGGUGCCAUGUCUUGCGAGACAGGCGAUCGCAGGUGGUUUCUUACAGCAAUUCUAGAGACGGAGCGUCCGGAUUGCUGGGGUACGCACAAAUCGAUUCGGGAAGAUGAGCUUGCAAAGCUGUUCAAACGCUUUGCCUACCUCGAUGCCUACCAGCGGGGCCUGCUGCAAGCUGUCAGCGGCGAUUUGAAUGCUCUGGCGCCACAAACGGCACGGGACGGUGACGAUGCCUCAUCAACGUCCAGACGCUGUUACGACGAGAUCUGAAAAACCCGUGCAUGCAGAAUGCCCGCCCGCCAGGUCCAUGAUCGAGCCUUGGGAGAGCAUCUCUGACGUUGCAAUUGAGCCCCUGCAGCCGACAUUUAGAACUACUGCCCGAUAUGGGCAUGCAAGGGCAAUAUUCGAUUGGCUUGAGAUUUAGGAGUGCAGGGAGAUCCACAAACGACAAGCUUACAAAUGGCCCAGCCGACUGGAAAAUCAAUAGCACAGUCUGACGAGAAAAGGGGUCUGAGGCAGCUACCCUGACUACAAGCUCAAAGCUACCGAAUAUCUAUCUACCACCUAUAUAGAUAGCCUCGCCAAGUAGCAAAAAUUGAACCACUUUGGCCAUCA